AUCCUUUAAAUGCACCCAUGACAAAGAGUCUCAACAACAGAAGCUCAACAGCACAAAAGUGAGCACUUUAGAGAUGGACAAUAAAGACCAAAAGACAACAAAAACACAAAGUGAGGACUCUGAUGGCAGUGACCACCAAUCCACGCCAUCCAAAGGACAGACUAGUUUUUCAGUGCAGGUUCAUGUGGAGACUCAGAACUUUCAAGUGCAAGUGCAGGUGCAAAGUCCUGCCUCUGAUGUCAAAAUUUACGUCAAGUCCCCACUCUCAGGAGUCAAAGUUCAGGAGGAAGAGGAGGCCAGUGAACAAAAAACAGAGAGACAACUAGGACCAGUUUGUCUAAACAAGAAGGGACCAGUGUUCAAGUUGAAGGAUAACCAUGCAACUUUCUUGGCUGUACAUGAGAAGAAGAAUGUACAAGUGGAAAUUAACAUAAACUCUGACCAACAAGAACAUACAGUCACAUUGGAAGACAGUGUUGAUUCAGCUGUCAAAAAGGACACUCUGACACAGCCAGCCCAAGCACUGUUGGACAGACUGCUCCUGAACAACAGAUCUGAGUAUAAACUGACCUCUGCAGAGCUUCUUCAGAUUGGUCCACCUCUGAAACAUGACCAAGACUUAGCUGAGGGGGAUCUCUUCAUUGUUUACCUGCACAAACUGUUGAUGUUAGACUACAGGGCGAGGUAUAUUUGGGUUAAGGAUCAAAGUAAUGAUAUUAGCACAAAGGUAUACAGUAGUUCCCCAAAAUAUGACAACAUCCACCCCAUGGACUGCCAGAUGGCAGUGUUCCACUGCUCAGACAGCUUUCUAAAGCAGAAGCUGGUCACAAAACUGUCCCAGUGUCAGUAUGCCUUACCUCUGCUGGUGCCUGACCCUUCCACUGAGGACAUAGAGUGUCCUCUAUGGACACUCAGACAGAUUCAAAAAACAUGGACAAAAACUCAGGCCAAAGACAAUUCACAAGUUGUGACCAAGCCCAUCUGUAAAGCACAGACCCUAAUGGUGUUUUGUUUCCGUUUGGGGUCUCUGUCUGUCUCCAAAUCUGAGCUCAUCAACACUUUAAUUAAUGACCGCCACAACACGUUCUACCACAGAAGCUGUCCAGGCAGCACCAAAAGUUGCCUUCUGUUUGAUGGUGUAGCGGAGAUCGCCUGGUACUGUCCUGCUGGAAAACCCAAUGACACCUUCAAUGACUGUGUGGCCUUCUGCAAUCUUCACGGGGAUGGUGUGACUCAUGAUAAACAGCUGAAUAUACUGAUGGACAAGUCCUCCGUCAAUGUGGUUUUUGUGCCAACACUAAGAAAAGACCAUGUGAGUGCUGAAUUCAUGACUGUCCUUCUGGAGUCUCCAAAACCGCUCAUUGUUCUGCUUGAAGACAGCAACAGUUGUACAAUUCAACUCAAAAAGGGAAAAUACAAAGUUGGUAUUAAAGACCGAGGCCAGUCAGAUGUUUCUGAAGAGCUGAAAAGUAUCCUCAGAGACAUUUUAUCUGGUCCAUGUGAGUCUUUUCAGCUUGAGUCAAUGUCCAACACUGGAAUACGAGUGGAUGAAGAGGAUCCCUGCUGCUCAAAAGGGUUGUCUGCCGCCAAGGAAGUAAUGAAUACAAUUCAAAGGGUAAAUGUGAUGACAAUAAAAAGCAAUCUUCUUCCCUGUCAAGGUAGACUGUUACAGGACUGGUGCAGAAUAAACAAAGAACAGUAUUGUCUCCAAGGAGAUAUUGAGAAAGAAAGAUGUAAAAAACAGAAUGAGCUGCUGAAGCUCCGAGAAGAUCAGUGCAAAGCUUCCAGUGGUGACCUGAUGAAGACUUUUGUCAGACACCUCUCAUCUUUGUCUCCAACAGAGAGUGAGUAUUACCUCACAUGGACACAGAUCUUAAUGGAUGCUCAUGUCACAGAAAAUGUUUCUUCAAUCCAACAAAGCUAUAAGCAGAAGUGUGCUGAGGUCUUAGCCCUGAAGAGAAGAGCUGACAAAUCUUCUGAAUUAAAAUCCAAACAAGCAGAACUUGAACAAAUAUCUUCCAAGCUUCAGUCAGCGACAUUUGGCCUUGAGCACAUUUUUAGAGAAAUGGAACAGAUCUAUGAAGCCCAUAAGUCUCUAAAUAAACAGCCAAAUAAGGAACGUUCAGACUGGUCUAGAUACCCUGAGCUGGCUGCAGAGCUGAUGAUAUCAGGACAUCCAAUGGAGCUGAUGGAUGGAGAUGCAGGCCACAUUCCUUUAAUUUGGAUCUCAAGUCUCAUUGAUCAAGUCAUCCACAAACUGGGGGACAAGAGGGUCUUUGUUUUGUCAGUUUUGGGCAUACAAGGCAGUGGGAAGACAACCAUGCUGAAUGCCAUGUUUGGUCUUCAGUUCGCAGUCAGUGCAGGCAGAUGCACCAAAGGGGCCUUCAUGCAGCUGGUCAAACUGUCAGAAGACUUCAAGAGAGAUUUUCAGUGGGACUACAUCCUCGUGGUGGACACUGAGGGGCUGCGAGCGUUAGAAUCAGAAGGAAAUGGAUCAGUUCAACGUGACAAUGAAUUAGCAACAUUUGCAGUUGGAGUGGGAAACAUGACUCUGGUGAAUAUCUUUGGAGAAAACCCCUCUGAGAUGCAAGAUGUUCUGCAGAUUUUGGUUCAGGCUUUCAUGAGGAUGAAGAAAGUCAAGCUCUCACCAAGCUGUGUGUUUGUUCACAAGAAUGUGACAGAUGUUGGCGCUGCAGAGAAAAACAUGGAGAGGAAAAGGAAACUGAAAGAAACACUUGACCAAAUUGUCAAAGUAGCUGCCAGAGAAGAGGUUUGUGAUGCUGUAAGUUUCAGUGACAUUAUUGAGUUUGAUAUUGAAAAAGAUGUGAAGUACUUUGCUGAACUGUGGGAGGGAAGUCCUCCGAUGGCUCCUCCAAAUCCAGGUUACAGUGUAAGUGUCCAAGACCUGAAGAAAUUCAUCCUCUCUAAAGCAUCACAGUCUUCAGGAGUCACUCUCUCUGAGUUCAAAAUUAAAGUGCAAGAUCUCUGGAAUGCUCUGUUAAAUGAAAAUUUUGUUUUCAGCUUCAAAAAUACCAUCGAGAUCUCUGCUUACAGAAGACUUGAAGUUGAGUUUGGAAACUGGACAUGGGCCCUGAGGAGUGAAAUGCUGAACAUUGAAAAACAGCUUCACACAAGUAUUGAAAAUGGGACAGUUCUCAGAAUUGAUCAUGCUUUUCUUUUGGGGCAAAUAAGCAGGAAAUAUGAGGAAAUAAAAGCUGCCAUAUCCCAAUACUUUGACAGAAAGGAACAAAAAGACCUCUUGACUCAAUGGAAAAACCAACAUGAACAAAAGAUUAAAGAUUUUUGUGAUGAAAUAGUCAGAAGAACACAAAGAAAUCUUAGUGAUUUUCUUGAAGAGAAGAAAAGAAAUGAAAAGCUAAACGAGAAGAAGAUAAUUUUAGAGGACCAGUUACACCAACAAUGCAAGGAACUUGCUCAUCAAGUGAAAAUCAACAUGAAAGAUGGAGACCUUGAAAAACAGUUCCACUCUCUCUGGCAAAAGUAUGCCCCUGCACUGGAGGAACACGUAAAAUGUGUUAAAAAAAUAAACUUAGAGCGUGAUCAAAAUCAGGUUCUUCAAGAAUUUGGCUUUGAGUUCACUUUGAUUAUUACACGUAAAAACUCAAAAUGCUACACAAAUCUGUCAAAACUUGAAGAUUACUCAGAUUAUGUCGAGCAAAAAGGCAAUCAUAAAACAAAACAAAACAUCACAGAAUUCAUCCACACAGUGCAGGAAGAAGCUGAAGAGAUCAUCAAGAGCAAACCUGUGGCAACAAAAGGCUACAAUACAAACUACCUGAGAGAAAUGGCACAACAUGUCAACACAAGUGUGAAGGAAUUUCAAACAAAGUGGAAAUACUCUCUGAAGCAGGAGUUCACUAUAGAUCUCACUCUGUACGUCUUUGUCAGCACAGAGACAUGGAUCUCCGAGUCACAUGAGAAGUUUAUGAAGACAGAAACACACAGGUAUUUGGAAAGAAAGAAACAGGAACAUUACACAGUUUUCUCAAGCUUCUGCAAAGGAGAGUCUUCAGCGGUGGUUCUUGCUGAAAUGAUCUGUGAGAAACUGAAGGCCUCCAUGACUGAGACAGUGUGUAACAGAACUGCCAUUGAUGUUGCUGAAGUGAUGAGGACCAGUUAUCCAGCGUUUAAUGCGAGCAGGCUGAACUUAGAGAAACAUGUGCUGAAGUCUCUGGCAGAGAAAGGAGACUUUAACAGAUACAUGACCUACAUAGAGAACCCAAAGACAUACAUUGAGCUCUUCAUCAAAGAAGAAGUCCAGGACUAUAUCCACAGGGAGAAGAAUGUGCAGAUUCUUCUGAAGAAAAAUGUUGAUGAGAUCAAAAAUCAUGUGACUAUAGCUCUGAUUCAGGCUACUGAAAAGGUGAAAGAAGGAAACAUAGAGGUGUGGCUGCAAGAGUUUCACAGUUUGCUUAGAGAAAAACUAAAUUUUGGCCAAAUUCUAGCUCAAAAUUUUAAAAGUGUGACAGCAUUUAGCUUUCUUAAAGAAGCCAUAGAGAAGCGUCUUUGUCCCAUUACUGAGGACCUCAAAAACCUCCCACUGGAUAAAAUGAAUGAGUUUCGGCUUCACCCAGACCAGAUCCUGAUUGAUCAGCUUUGUAACUGCUGCUGGGAAACAUGCCCCUUCUGUGCUGCUGUUUGCCUCAACACAGUCAAAGACCACAGUCCGGACAAACACAGCGUGCUCUUUCAUCGCCCCACAGGGAUUGAAGGAUGGCACAUUCGGGGUACAGUGGAAAUGGUCAUUGAUUUUUGCACAACAUUAGUUGCAAGUGACAAAAAAUUCCGUCCUCAGUCCUUCUCACAUGUGUCUGUUCCUUACAAAAAAUAUCAAAGUGCUAGCGGGAACUACGCUGAAUGGUUAAUCACUCCUGACGGAUCCAAGCUGGUCUACUGGAAAUGGUUUAUUUGUCGAUUUCAGAAGGAACUGGAGGAUUACCACAACUUAAAAUUUGUGGGUCAAGGAGAAAUCCCCAGCGAAUGGAGAAACUACAGCAGAGAGGAAGCAAUACAGAGUCUGAAUGAAAUAUGCACAUAAAAACAUUAAGCCAAUAUCAGAAAACAGGGAACUAGGGAUGGUAUAACCUACUGGUGAUUGGGAGUAAUUUUUUUUUUUUAAGGAUGCAAUGAAAUUUUUGAGAUUGAGAAUAUUUGAUUUAUUGAUUUUAUUAUGUAACACACAUUUAUAUCAUGGUUUAUUAUGACAUGGUUUAUACUAGUGAUUGGGAGUACUGUAAUAUUUUAUUUUUUAAAGAUGCAAUGAAAUACUGUUUGUUUUAUUUAAUUGACAAUAUUUGAUAUAUUGAUUUUAUUAUGUGACACACGUUUAUAACAUGUUUAUUAUCAGGUAUGUCAUAAUGCAGAAUACAGAAUACUUAACUAAUUGUAAGACCACUACUGAUUGAAAUGCAACAAAUAAUAAAUGUGAUGGGUUAACGAG